ACCCAAGUACUUAACCCGAACUUGACAAACACGGCGCUUGCUGCUCGGGCACAAAUCGCCGAAAAUCAAAAAAACCAUCGACGACAGGUGAAGUGAGGUCGAAUUAAUAAUUACCGCGACGAUUACCGCAUAAAUACGUUCCCGUCUAUCUUAUCAAAAUUCCUGGAAGACUGCAGCGACGGAGCUAAAGUGCGAAGAUUCCUAACACACCAGAGAUGUGGACCUGGUUUGCUUUUGCCGCUCUGGCAAAGUUGCUCGUCGUGAGUAGCGAAGUUGAUUUUUCGAUAACGACCAACGGGGAGCAACGCAUCGUGAGAAAUGCGAAGAACGAGGAAGUACAAGAAGACUUGUCGCAGGCGACACUGAAGCCUUUGGUCAAGAAUGACCGCAACAACGAGUUCCUACCGGACACGGCGGGCUAUCGUAACGCGAUAUUCGGCCUGAUCAAAGAAAUAUCUGCAACUUCGACAAAGAUGAAGCCAGUUGAGAGUGAUACGGAGCAUAAAAAGGACAAACGAUUGACACGAGACGUUGGCGGUUCGCAACUGGCACCCCUCGGCUCCUGGAUGUCGUGGGUAACGCUAGAGGACAAGGCUAUGCCGAUGAUCGAUCAUUCGAACCCUUGGCAAGAGAUAAAGAAGAGCCGAGCAUUUAGCCCCUGGGGUGGUAAGCGCGUCGCGAUUUUUGGACAGGGCUCAAAAGUGCGUCGGCCGAUGAGAAUCCCGUUCAACAGCUGGGGUGGCAAGCGAUCCGACGGGACGAUGAGGCAAACUUUUGCGGAUCUGGAAAAACAAGCGAGAUUUUCAAGCUGGGGUGGAAAACGCGGAUGGGAAAGUAUCGGCGCUGAGAAACGAACGAAGUUCAACGCUUGGGGUGGGAAACGCAGCAAGAACGGAGAACGCGAUGACGAAGAGAUGAAAAGAACGAGAUUCAACGCUUGGGGUGGGAAACGGAGCGAAGAGAGCGAAGCAAAAAGAAUGUCUGAAGAAUACGUCCUAAAGAAGAAAGGCUUUAACGCCUGGGGUGGUAAGAGGUUCGUCGAGGGUGAACUAAACGCCGACGAAGAUGUCGAUCAUGCAAACGACGGCCUGGGUUCGUCGCCCUCCGAAAACAGAGGGAUGGGACCUGAGAGCUCGAGUGGCGAAGAUCGGAUGCGCCCAACUCCCCGGGAGAUGAUCGAAACGGAGAGUAACUACCUUCGGCGAGAUGACGCCAACGAGAUUCCAUCUUUCGAGAGUGAAAUAAUGGAGUUACCAGAAAGGAGAGGUGCCGGUGUUCCCAUUCGGAGGAGCGCGUUCAAUCCUUGGGGAGGGAGGAAGAGGAGCGAAAACGCAGGGAGUCUGCCGAACCUGAUCCUCCCCGAAACUGACGAUUUCCAAGGGCGUCAUCAUCAGGAUCGGUUCUUGGCGUUGGGCGGAUAAUUUCGAGCUCGAUUAUAACAUUGGAAUCAAAGUUCGAUCGAGUAUUCCAUUAUCUACGAUGUUCUAUAGGCUGGACAGAUAAUACAAACUAGGCAAUGAAUAAAUAGGUAAUAUUGUUUCGCGAACGUUCCUAAGAAUUGAAUUCCUUAUUACGCUGAAUUUCGUUAUUGCAGAGAGGUUUUUACUGUUCAUCAACUUUGGUAAUAUAAGAA